ACUCGAAGCGCCACCUGUAACGAGAAAGACACACAGACGCCAUGAUGGCCAGGCUGAAGAUGACCUGGCUGCUGAUAUGCGGCCUGAUUUACCUAUUUGACACAGGUGAGGCGAUUCAGUGUUACCAGUGUGACAGUAACGAGGAUGCCUCAUGCCCGUCCACGGAGUACUUUGACACAGAGGUCAACGCACCUAUUGACUGUAACAGCUUUGAAGCAAAAACACCUGGACAGUUUUGUAUGAAAAUUACACAGGAAAGUCCUGGAUGGGGAGGAUGGAAAAAGAUAACAAGGCGUUGUGGAUCAAGAACAGAUUCUGGUGUGGCAUGGGGAUGCAGAUGGUCUUGGGAUCAGGUUGGUGUGUUCAGGGAAAUCUGCUAUUGCGAGUACGAUAUCUGUAAUGGAGCUACGCGAUCAAGUCUUCACAUGUUUCUUGGCAUUGGAAUAGCUUUCAUUGCUUACAUUGCCAAGCUCUUUCUGUGAUGAUCAUUAUCCUCAUCAUCUCAUCAUCAACACAGUUCAUAUAAAAAUUCAAUCAUUUACAACAGGAAAGUUAUUCAUGGUAUCAAGAAUUAUAUAAUUAAGGAAUUAAUGUAGAAAAUGUAUUAAUUGGAAUGAUUUUAUAGUUUUAAAGAAAAAAAAUUGAUAUGUUGGAAUGUAUCUGUGUAUGUGAUGAUUAUCUUUAAUCAGGAAGAAUCUCGAGAGAAAUCUAUCAAUAUUGGAUGCACUUCAGGAAAGAAACUUUGAUUUUAAAAACAACUUUUUAUUUCUUUUCAUAGGAAACACUUUUGUAACAAUAAUUAAAAUUCAAUCCUUACAAAUAUUUUCAGUCCCUCUUCUUAUUCAAGAAAUUUGUUCAUUGAAAACAGAAAUCAUUGUGUGGAAUGUGAGUAUCUAUUCUCAUCUGUACUAGAAUCAAGUCUUUUUUGUGUGUGUUCUCGAAGGGACAAUGCAAUAUAGACUUAAAUUAAUAAUAAGCAUGUUUGAUUAUGUGCAAAAUACAUCCAGAUUAUAUUCUCAUCUUAGAACAGCGUGUGUAGGGCAGACUUAUUUUUAUAGGAAAAAGAAAAAAUACAAGUUUUUUAACAUUAAAUAUUUCCUAAAAAAAUAGCUAUAAAGGAUCUUGACACAAGUUGCUUCUCUGCGUAUCAUAACCCAGACAUUUAUUAGUGCUUUGUUCCAAGUACGUGCACAAAGUAAAAGAAAGCACCGCAGCCAUCAAAAAUCAUCCCACCGCUGCCACCAGAAGUGUGUACCUGUAUUGGUAAGACAUCUGCCUGCUUUUGUGUGGGUCCUGAUGCACAGAGUUGGAACCUUGUGUCACUUCUGUGGUGCAGACAGGCACCAUGGUCACUUUUGUCUAUGCAAGAAUUGUAUAUGCCUAGUUAGAUAUCAUAUUGGGAAGGUUUUAUUCACUCACCCACCACUUUCCAUACUAUAUUGCACAUUCCAAAAUGUUUUGACACAGUUUACCGGUAAACAUAAUUCCACAUGAUUGAUUCCUGAUGCAUUUUCUUAACCUGAUGGAUUGUUUCAGCCUUAGGUGAAAAUAUUUUCAUUAUACUCUCAUAAUAUUCAUAUGCCAUAAUGUUGAAACUUAAAUUAUUCCAUUUCUCUUUUACUUUGCAAGAUUUUUGAAAAAAAAAAAAGAGAAAAAAAACCCAAACAUAUUGAACCUUCAAUGUAUGAUAAUGUUUAUUGUGCAACUUUUUGGGAAUUUUUUUGAGACAGUAAUAUUCCAGUUGUUAAUACAGAAUUAAUUUCAAAAUGAAGUAUUUUGUUUUAUCAGUAAUGUAUUGAAAUUUUAUACAUGCUUAAUAAAACUUGGUGCUCUAGAUGGUAAAUAACUUAUUAAUAGGAAUGUAUUGCUUCCUGCUUGGAGAAAAACAAUUUUACCGAAAGUAAUUUGAAUUAAGACACCUUUUUUCUAGACCCUUAAGGAUUUUUUUGUGUAGAAUAAUAUUGUUUACAUUGAAGAAAUAUGAGACAAUAGAAUAUGAUGCAGCGAUGACUUUAAUGUUGAAGACCUUCAGUCAUGAAGUAAAUAACACAUAACACCUAGUCCGUCAGUUGUUUUAAAUACAUAUGUUAAUUAGUUAAAAGUGACUUGUCCUUGUGGUGUUUGAUAUUUGAAUGUCCAGUCAUAAGUUGGCUGUUUUGUGUGUAAUGAUACAUGAAGUUAAAAUAUUUUGGCUGCUUUAUCAAUAUGAAAAGCACCACCAUAUCAAAACAUAUCAGACGUGUAUUAUAUUUUUGUGUACUUUUUUGUUUAUUUUUACAUGUAAAUAUUGAAUUGAUUAGACUUGUACAUUUCCUAGGAGACUGUGUAGAUGACUUUAAUGAUUGAUGUACACAUACAUAACAUUCCAGUACGUAUCCUUAACUUAGUGUAAAUAAUCCAGCCAUCACUGACCCGAUAGAUGUAUAUUGCCUGAUGAGAUACGGGCAAUGCUCAGUGAUAAACUGAAUAAAUGUGAAGAUGACCUCGUUAAUUAAGGCCUUAAUGAACUGGAGCAUUUAAUAUCAUAGUACUUUGUUUUUGAAUCAAGUAAAUUUUCACAAAAGCAAAUUUUUUUUGUCAAAGCAGAAAUUCACAUUCUGGAUUUACAUAGAUUAGAUUACAACAGGUAAAUGGUCAAGUCUUUAAAUGUUUGGUAGAAAGCCUUCAUGAUAGCUGUUGCUUAAACACAACACAUUUGAGGACCACAAGAAAUGUCUUCUUUAGGAAGCAUCCAAAUGUUCCAGAUUUUAAAUAGACUGUCAUGAUCUAAAAUGUACUUUUUUAUUGAAUUUAUUUUGUCAAAUUUUCCCCAGUAAUUAGUGUCUUGAUUAACGAGGUGUGUAAUAUGAUAAACUUUGUGCUUUUAUUAGAUACUGCAGUUAUCAACGACCAAACAUUGAAAUUUUAAGUGAUGUUAGUUAAUUUUGUUUUGUUUUAUAAUUAUGUAAUUUUUAAUGCCUUUGAAAAAAAUCUAUUUUUGCCAUCCUCAUUUUUGUCUUGCCAGCAGCUUCCAUUGUGGAAGCAAGACUAUGGCGUAACUUUUCCGGCAGCGAAUUAUGUGUAAUUCUUCGUUGAUUUGUAUUUUUAUUGAUAAAUAACUCAAUAAAGACAAAUGGCUUAAAAAACAAUAGCAUCUUUAAUGUCCAGUGUGAUUUAGUUCAUGUAUAUAGUUUAUAAAUUGUUGAUGAUAAAAGUGCUAGAAGCCAGAACCUUAUUUUUUUCUGAGAAUUCAGAUAGACUCUACUUAAUCUUGUGACUUUGCAUAUCUAUUGAUUACUUCCUGAAUUCAUAUCAUUUUCGACCACAGAACUCUGUUAAACAUAUCAGAAGUUUAUUUUCUUCAAAAUUAUGUUAUAUUGCAUUCCUCAUUUUUUCCUCUGUUUUGAUUAUUAAUUAUAUGUAUGAUUUAAUCAAUUAGGAAUGUAUUAUCUUUUACAUGGUUGUGAUCCAUUCCAAAUUGACAAAGGUCAAAUUUAAUUGUUCAUAGCAGAAUUAAUAAUAAACAAAUAUCCAUCCCUUACAUUCACUGGUUGUUGGUUUAAAGACAUGUAAAUAUUUAGAAAUUUAUAUGAUGGUUGUAUCACACCAGAUGUAUAUAAUAUACAUGUAAUUGUUUUGUAGAGCAAUUUCCAUUUGUAAAUUUACAUGCAAUCAGCAGCAAUCUAAUUUUCAUAUUCACAUUUUGUAAAAAAUGAAAUAAAAUUUUUAUAAUUUA